CCGGAUUGUUUCAGGAGACCGGAUAGGAGCCGGAAGCCGCAGGAAGGGAAAGGCACCACCAGACCGGAGAGGCAAAGCGGAAUCCAUGGCGCUGUCGAGCUCGGAGAAGAAGACGGCGGCGGAGGUGGUCGCGGCGCUGGAGCUGCACCGCCACCCCCACGGCGGCUUCUACCUGGAGACCUUCCGCGACCCCUCCCUCGCGCUCCCCAAGUCCGCGCUCCCGCCCCAAUAUAAGGUGGACCGUGCUGUGAGUAGUGCAAUCUAUUUCCUGCUGCCUGCUGGGGAGAUCGCUCGGCUGCACCGCAUCCCUUGCGCUGAGGCAUGGCACUACUACAUGGGGGAGCCCCUCACGGUAUUUGAGGUGCACGAUGAUGGGCAAGUCAAGAUGACAGUAGUGGGUCCCGAUCUACGGAAAGGGCAGAGACCGCAGUACACGGUCCCUCCGAAUGUGUGGUUUGGUGCCUUCCUGACCCACGACAUCGAGUCCUUCACUGAUGACGGCAGUGUUUUUGUCGAGACACCUGGACGGGACCCUGACCUGCACUAUUCUUUCGUUGGAGUGACCUGUGCCCCGGCAUACCAAUUCGAGGAUGAUGAAAUGGCCACACGCGACGGCAUGAAAGCUUUGGCUCCUAAUGCGGAAGCUUUCAUCAAUUACCUUGUUCCAGCUUAGUGCAUUGCUGCUGCAAGUAGGUUGUUGUUUGUGGUGAACAUCUUCCAUCUGCUAGUUAUUGAAAACUAAUGUGUAUGAUAUGGUGUUCAAUUAUUUGAUUUUAGAGAGUAGUUCAAUAUGGAAGUUGAUACUCAUCUAAUCAAGUAUGGAAGUUCAGUAAGGUUUGCUCUUGUUUUCAUGAAUAAAUACCAUCCACUGGUGAUA